AUGGCCCGGCGUGGCAUUGCGAACUACGAGCCUUCAGGCAUCCAGAACUUCAAUAUCUUCUGGCAGGAGACGUUGCGGUCCAGCAACGACGGCAUUUCUGGGAUCAAGCAGGCUUACGACCUGCCGGCCAAAAGCCACUUUCGAGAUGUCACAACCACAAACCGGGAGCUCAUGAAGCCACCCAUGGAGAUGGCGCUGUGUGCGAAACCCGAGCUCCGCGCGGCUCUGGCGGAGCCGUCCGGGGAUGUGGGCCGGGCGGGCCGAAGCAGUUGGCACUACAACAUCCAGCGGCCCUUGGGGCGGAAGGUGAAGCUGCACAACAUGGCCUCUGCCAAAUUUGACGGCGAUGAGUUACCUCACUUGGCGCCCUGGGGAAUGUCGAGCCUGAGAUGCACCUGGGGUUCUGCCGCCUCCAGCCUCCGGUUUUCCUCCAUCGCGCCGGACUCCCGGCCCGCCACCGAAGCAGGCACGCGAAGCCGGCUUGGCACUGCAAGCGUUCGGUCUACCCCCCGCGGCUUUGAGUCCAUCUUCAACCAGUCUGGGCAGUCCACAUGGGCAGAGUUCACACCGAACAUCCGGCACCCGCGGCUUUGGUAG